AUGUCCACACAGAUCGAGGCUAGGUCUCUGGCCUCGCUCAACUACCUCGCCGCCAAUCCCCCACAAUACCCUCACAAACCAGCGGAGCAACGUCAAGAUCCGCUCACACUCUACAUCUCACGUGUACCGGGCACGCGAGACGUCAUAUUGACAACGUCAAAACCUCAUCUCAAAAAUGUCACUAGCGAAGAUGUCGCAAACUCACUUUACUACAUUCACCUGGAACUCCCCAGUGACGGCAGCCACCCGCACCAUCCAACCCUAGCCGCCGGAUCUCAGCAAUCUCAGCAUCUGCGCAACCCGGACACGCCUAGAUCUAGCCUGGAAAGUACCCGCAGCACGGCUCAGAUCCGCAGGAAACCCGUCCCUGCGGGCUCAAAGGCACCCUCACCGCCAGCCGAUCCAGCCCGCGCUCGUCUACCCCCGCAGACUCAGACUCAGACUCAGACUCAGACUCAGACUCAGACUCAGGCUCAGACUCAGGCCCCGGCUCCUGGCUCACAUCCGGCGGCUGCCGGCAACCGCAACUCUGGGUUCUACGGCUACGGCACCGGGAGCGCGACGGGGUACGGCAUCGGCUACGGCACCGGCAACGACACCUGCCAAUCCCGGUGGACAGAGGAUCGCCCGGAGCUCCCCCCGCGACCCAUCUCCCGCUCACCCCCGGCCCCCACACGCAAGCCCGCCGGCCCGCGAGCCAUCCCGACCCCGGCCCCCGACUUGGACGCGCCCUUCGGCCCCAGACCUCCUCCAGACCUCCACCGCGCCUCUCCCUCCCAAUCCCCCUCCCGCAUGCCGCAGCAGGAACCCUCGUCGUCGCCCGCGCGUUCCCGCCGGUACUCUCGCUCGACCUCCAUCUACCGCCAACAGUCUCGCUCCCCUUCACCAACCCGCUUCCACAACACAAAAGAAGUGCCCUACACCUUAUCCCUCAUCCGCCGCGACCCGAGCUCGGGAAACCAGUGGAACGUCGGCCGCGUCGCUUCCCACCAGCUCGAGGACGCUGGCGACGACGGGUACGAGUACUUUUCCUUCGACUCGGCAGGUCUCUCGGCUCACGACCGCCGCCGCGCAAACGCCCCUCAACCUCCCAUCAACAUCCGUCUCGAGUCCUCCGGCUACGCAAAGUUCCGCCACAUGCCUCUGCGCCAGAGCGUGGACAUGCCCCGGACAUCGACGUCUACUGCCCUCCCAUUUGCGAACUCGGAGGAUGCGCUCAACCACCUGCAGCAACAGCAGCAGCAGCAGCAGCAGCUUCCCGAGGGUGGCUUCUCACGCCAGGUCGUCAUGUCCUACACCAAAUCCUGGUCCUCCAACAUUCGCGAAAAGUUCAGCUCUCGGUCGCGCUCAGGCAGCUUGAUGGAUGACGGCGACUCAGCCCCCUUUGGCUCCCCGCCGGCGAGGUCUACCCACCGCCACUCGCGCCAGCUGAGCACUCAGUCGACGGGCUCCGUGUCUUCCAACGGAAGCGAUUCGGGCCCCAUCAUCACGCAGCCGGGCCACGGCCUCCGGCCACAGGGGUACGUGUUUGUCUCGCCGUGGGACGGCCGGUGCGAGUUUCGUACGGGAAACGCUGGGCGAAGCGUCAAGUGCAGACACGUCCUGUCCACGGCCGGCGGGCUCAGCAACCCGCUCGCGCCGUCGAGUUCAUCGUCGUACUCGGCGAGCGUGAGCGAGCUGCGAUUCAAUUUGCCUAGCACGGAUAUCUUUAAGCAGGAAGGCAAGAGAGAGCAGCUGAGCGGGCACUUCAGCCGGCUUCUCAAGGUUGGUAAUCGAGAUGGCGAGUGUAGCGACGAGGAUGAGCCGCCUAGUCCGUUCGAUCUGAAGCUGGGCAAGGAGAGAGCCGGCGGGGGCAACCGGGGGAAGAGGGCCAAGCUGGGCAAACUAAUCAUCCACCCCGAGGGGUUGAAGAUGUUGGAUCUGGUCGUGGCCGCAAAUAUGGGUGUUUGGUGGGGAACUUGGGAGAAAACAUUUUGA